UUGUUGUUGUUGUUGUCACUUCGUUAUUCAAUCAACGUGCCGCAGAUUCCGCAACAUUUUGAAAAACGCUUUUUAGCACAUUGAAUUGAAUUUUCUGCAUAAACCACUAAGUAACAGCGUCCCGACAAGAAUGUCCACCCGGUGGUACCCGAUUUACCAGCGAGGCAACCCCCAGCUGCGUGUAUUUCUGCCCAACUUUUGGAUGAAACUGAUCCGGCCGGAACACGAACAGCCACCGAAUGUGGUACAGUUUGCCUGCUCGAUGGAAAUGACCAAACACGACGUAAAGAACUACCUGGAGAAGAUCUACAACCUGCCGGUGGUGGACGUCCGGACCCGGAUAGCGAUGGGCAAAACGAAGCGGGAUUUGAUCAUGGGUUACAUUUCCAAGCACGAGGACACCAAGCUGGCCUACGUUACGCUGCCAAAGGAGACCAAAUUCGAGUUUCCCAACUUGUUCCCGGCGGAAGCCAAGCAGAAGACCGAAGAUGACAAGAAAUCGUUGGACGAAGCCAAGAAGAACCACAAAAUGUAUCUAGAGAAGAAUAAACACCGACCUGGAACUCCCGGUUGGUUUACUAUUUAGAAUUGUUGGAUAAAUUUAGUCGAAAAUUUGAAAUACAUUAAUGCUGUCGUUUAAUUACAUAA